AUGCUCCACGCCGGUGUCGUGAUGCUCCUGCUGCUCAACGUGCUGUUGGCGACCAUGAACGAGACGGUCGCCGACGGUCUCCGCGCGUCGCAGCGAGACGCCGUGUGGAGCUACGCGGCGUGCAUUCUGCGGCUGGAGCUGACGCUGCCCCUCUCGCGCCAGCCCGUCUACUACGCGUCGCGUCGCCCCGACGAUACCAAUGUCAACCCCGCGUUUGACGAGGUGCUUGUCCUCGCCGACUGCAACCUCUGCGACGACGACAUGGCGGUCGUCCGCAGCAUUGAAGAAGUCGGCAAAGACUGGUUCCGGACCCUUCGCGACCUCCAGCGGCGCGCUGUAAUCGAGGUAGAUGCGCUCACGGCGGCCGUGCGUGACGCCAACCACUUUUGCGCCUCGGCCAUGUACCCGAUGGCAUGCGAAGUGGGCAUCCCGACGGCCCGUGCGGCGAUCGACGCGGCGUUCGCCUCGGUGGUCGCCAAGCGAGCGCCUGAGCCGUCCGACCGCUGUAGUCGCCUCCGCGCUGUCCAGCGCACGGUGCAGCAGCACUGGACGAGCUUGGCUUCGGCGCUCUCACUUGAGGCGACGACCAACACUGCCGACCAGCACGACGUGCUCUUUGCCAUGGUACAUGGCGUCUCGAUGGCGGCCAUGCUGGCGCGCGCCUGGCAGAGCAUCGAAGCUGUCUUUGAUGCGGCGGCGGCGCGCUGGGAAGAGCGGCCGGAACCUACGCCGUCACAGCUCCGCGACGCAAUCGUGGCCAGCACCAAGGCGCAGAACGCGCAGCUGCAGGCGCACGUCGAUGCGUGUAUGGCUGCGAUGCAAGCGAUGGAGACGCGAUAUACAGCCGCGCUGGAGGAGUCCAAGGCUGCCAACCGCGCACUGGACGCCAAGCUCAGUGAGGUGCUCACGUUGCUGCACGUGAAGGCGUGAUUUUGGGAAAUUGAUUUGCGACGUUUUUGAUUGGCUCAUUUGCAUCAUAAUUUCAGCCACUCGUAUGCA